CAGAUGGAAAACUACACCUUCAACAGCUUUACCCUCCAACUCGAGGGGUUAACCAUCAAAGAUGCAUUUGUGUAUCCUAUCUUUUUCUUUUUCCUUUUUUCCUGUGUGUUUAUUUUGAUUGCAAACAUUGGGAUUAUAAUUCUGGUGUGCAUUGACAAAAACCUCCACCAGCCCAUGUAUCUCCUGUUUUGUAACCUGCCCAUUAAUGAUAUACUUGGGAAUUUUAUCCUGUUGCCCCGUCUGAUGGCAGAUAUUCUGAAACCUUCUUCAAAGAUAUUCAUUGGUUAUUAUGAGUGUGUGGUUCAGGCUUUUGCUGGACAUAUAUUUGCGACCACUUCUCACACAGUGCUCAUGAUUAUGGCCUUUGACAGAUACAUGGCCAUCUGUAAUCCACUGCGUUACACGACAAUAAUGAGCAACAAAAUGUUGAUUAAACUGACAGUUUCUGCCUGGGGGGUGGCCUUUGUUUUUGUUGGGAUCCUGUUGGGUCUGACUAUACGGCUGAACCGAUGCAGAACUCUGAUCAUACACCCCUACUGUGACAAUGCCUCAUUGUUUAAGCUGUCCUGUGAGAGCGUCGUCAUUAAUAACAUCUAUGGUCUGACGUUCACUGUUGUCCUGUUUACAUCAUCUAUAGGCAGCAUGGUUCUCACCUACACUAAGAUUACAGUCAUCUGUCUAACCAGUAACAGCAAGAUCCUGAACAGUAAAGCCUUGAAGACCUGCAGCACUCAUCUCUUUGUCUAUAUGAUCAUGCUUUUUUGUGAAUUACUUAUUGUAGUGCUGCAUCGCUUUCCUCAGUAUGCAUUCGAGAGAAAAAUUUCUGCGAUCUUGUUGCACAUCAUCCCCGGCAGCCUCAACCCCAUCAUCUAUGGAUUUCAGUCAGCAGAGAUACAAAAAUUCCUGAUGAAGGUUUUCCGGUCAAGAAAAGUGUUGUCCUCCAGAUUUUAAAGAUAUAUGUCUUAAAAACACAUUACAUCACCCCAAAGCACCAUAGUUUUUUCUCUUACAUUAACAGAGGCUUUGCGUUCAGUGUUUUAUUAAGAGGGUUCUAUAGCAAAAAUAUUUUAGAUUAAUUAAGUUGAUGCCUUAAUUCCCUUGAAUUUAUAUAUUG